UGCACCACGCUUGUGAAUGGCACCGAGCUGUGGGUGUAAGAUUUCCCAAAACCUACUGUCGUGGUUUCAGUCUCUCAAGCAACAUGUUGGGCCGUAGAGUGCAGAACGUUUAUUCAGACCCAAAAUAUUAUUUAUUGGGAGGCUAUUUGCACAUUCUCAUUUUUGGUUUGAUGCUUGUACUCUAUAUUCCAAUCUUCUCACAUGUUCAAGUUUCUGCAGUAAAAUGCAAGUCAAAGAACAUUUCAGGCAAAUACCAACACUGUGGGAUUCAUUCAGAUGGAGUCCAUAAUCUAGACUGUUUUGGUAAAUACAUGCAUGAUAACAAAUGUACCUGGGAACCUGGAAAACGUGGAUCAAAUAAAUCCUACACACUCAUCUUACAACAACCAGACAAACCCCAUUGUUAUGUUUCUUACAACAUUGAAGGAUUCAAUAAAAAGAUAAGAAUAUUUUCUCAUCACAACUUGACAGUGGAGGUUUUUGAAAUCUCGGAGACGACAAAUUGCACAAAGGCAGUUUUCAAGGGUUCACCAAAGAGCCUGGCUCGCUGCGACCCUCCAAAGGACGUGCUACUAAGUCGCCCACCGGGAGACCUGCAGGUGAACGUGAGCUGGCAUCCGGACGACGUAAAGUACAUUAGCAAGUUCUCUGUGAGAUAUAAGGUCCUGGGCAGCCACUCAUGGAAAAAGUCUGUGGAAUCUCAGUAUCCGAAUGCAGUUAGACUGGAAAAGCUAAACUCCUCACUAGUCUACGCUGUUCAGAUACAAUGUGUGACUAGUGACAAAUGCUCACAGUGUCCAUGGAGUAAAACUUACACUGUCCCAUCAGAACUUAAAACUCCACCCAUCAUUAUCAGCUCCAAAUACACUGAUAUUAAAGAGAUAACCGGCCGCCGGUUGUUUUCCAUAACCUGGAAGUUUCCUGUCAAAGAGCUGUGUGACGGCUACCGCGUGACCAUUUGGAAAGAGUCUGGAGAGCCUCCACAGGACCAGAUGACGACCUCAGAGCCUGAGAUCAAACUGGUUCUCUCUUACUCAGCUUAUCAGCUCAACAUCAGAGCUUUCAACAAUGUAAGCUUCUCUUCAGCUGUGACUCAUAUCAUACCUCAGUAUGAAGACACCAACAAUUCAGGAGACAGGAGGCUGAAUGUGACAGUCCACAACAGUACAGCAUUUACAAUCUCCUGGAGAACUGAUCUGAUCACAAUGUAUGUCUGCUACUCCGUGGAGUGGAUGGAAAAAGAGCAUUCAGCACAUUACAGAUCCUUCUUUGAGGACAGCGACAGCAACAAGACCUUAUCCUCUUUAUCAGAACAUUUGGAGCCUUUUAAGAGAUACAGCAUCACUCUGCAUCUGCGAACAAACAAGAACACCUGCAACAUGAAGUACAUCAACAACAGUGAGAGCACCUAUGGGACUACAGAGUUUUAUUACAUUGAAGGAUCUCCAGUCAGCUCUCCUGCAAACAUCAGCUUCCACAAUGUGACGGUUAAUUCAGCGGUGCUGCAGUGGUCAAAUAUCCAAGAGGAAGACUUGAGAGGGUUCCUGCUGGGUUACAUCAUCCACUACACUGAGUCUCACUACAGGGAGACAAGUACAGAGCACAAUAUAACAGUGGAUCCAGGUUUUACCAGCUUUCACAUGGAGAACCUCAAAAGUGGGACAGCAUAUCAGGUCCAGAUAUCUGGUUUCACAUCAGCAGGAGCAGGAAUCCGGAGUGUUCCAAGUGUCUUCAAAACAGAUCAUAAAGUAACUUUCAGCAUCAGUGGUGCAAUAACAGCCCUAAUUUUUGUGGCCUUCCUGCUGUUAUUCGGGUCUCCAGUAAUAAAAAGGGCAAAAGCCAUUAUGUGGCCAAGCAUCCCCAACCCUGGACACAGCAAUGCAGUGCAGAUAAUAGAGAGUCCCAGUCAACUGAAACUCCUUGUGGCAUUAGCAACUCUAAAAGUGGAGGAAUGGGACACAAAGAGUCUUCAGUUACUAGAGAAGGAAGCCGUGAUCCCGUUGGCAUCAGUGCUGCCACUUCUCAGGAACUGUGAGGAUGUGAGAGACUGUCCAGAAAUCACACAUACCUGGAGCGAGAUGGACUCAGACAGCGCGUCAGAAGAUAACCUACAUGAUGACACUUUACAGGACACACAGAGCACACAAUUCCAAAGCUCACCUUUACCCUUUGCAGGCGGUUAUACAACGAUGGAAAUGCUCCAUACCCUGAUCCCGCAGGGAAUGGCAGCAGAUAGCUCUAACACUCCAAGCAUCGAAAGUACCCCGGAAGAUUUGACCAUGUUAAAGUCUAUGAAAUUAGACUACAUGAGACAAUUUAGCAGUAGUCCUCCAUCAGACAGUGAGCACAUGUCCACUAUUUUGUGACAAAUGCUUUAUGCAGGACAUGUUUAUUAUAAGCUUCACUCAGUUUCAACAACAACAUUAUAUUUAGCUUGUAUUUUUGUGAAAAGCUCAACCACAAGGUGAAUAACAUAACUACUUGAGCUGUGACUACAGGAAAUAUAAAAGAUACAGUAUCUUAUGUCUUUAUUAACAAUGCCUUCCUGUGUGUGACUUAUUAGCCAUUGACCAUAUAGGGAUUUCUGAAACGUUCACACCUAUUAAAAAGUUUGGUGAGCUAAACAGAUCUCUGUGGAUUCCUCACCCGCUACAACAAAUCUGUCACACCAAGAUCCACACAGUGUAGCACAGUGUUUUUAUUUACUACA